AUGCGCGACACACCCUCCAAAUUCAUCGAGAUCCUCGAUCCCAAGGACCCAUCUCUACGCAUGUCCGACUCCGAUGUCCGUCUGGAAGAUGUCCUUGCCGACCACGAAGCAACUAUCAACAGCCGAGCCCGUUCCUCUACACAGUCAUCCGCAAAACCAGACAAGUCCCCGUCUCGUAGGAACUCGACAUCCCCAACACCACGGUGGAAACGUCUGAGCAAUAUUCUCGCGCAACCCCGCCGGAACUCUUAA